AUGUCCGCAGUAGCACCCGUCAACCCAAAACCAUUCCUUCAGGAAUUAACAGGCAAGGUGGUCUAUGUCCGCUUAAAGUGGGGUCUGGAGUACAAGGGGUAUUUGGUGUCGACGGAUGGGUACAUGAACCUUCAGCUAGCCAAUACGGAGGAAAUUGAGAAUGGACGGUCAAAUGGUGCUCUCGGGGAGGUGUUUAUCCGGUGUAACAACGUCCUGUAUAUACGAGAAUCGAAGGAUAAGCCAAAGAUGGAUGAGGAUUGA